AUGGAAUAUUCAGGUGUUCUCAUCCAGGAUGGACUGCAUUCUGAUCAGACCCCCAGCGGGAGUCGAACCGUGACAGGGCAGCAUGACUGGAACGUCCGGUGGACUCUGGUGUUGAGCGUCGCCGAUGACUCGUUUGUAUUUGCCCUCGGCCCAUGUCGGAUCGAUGCCGCCAGACUCGCCGAGGCGAGUGGAGCCGCAUUCCGUCUGGCCACCAGCCAUGCCAGUGGACGAGUCGACCCGACCUGCCCGCGGCAGGGCUCUCGGCCAGCUCCGAUGGGCAUGACUGAGGCGCGAGACGAGGCCGACCGCCACUUGGCGGCCUCGGACCGGUUAACCGGCAUGUUGGAGAAGCAUCGUCGUCUCUACGACGACAUCUUGAAGCUGGCGCGCCUCUUGGACUCUGAGCUGUCGGCGCCCGACCUGCUGGCGCCCGAGAGCUCGGGCGCGAGCCCGGGCCCGGACUCGAACUCGAGCUGCACGGGCCGGUUGAUGAUGAUGAACAACAACGCCAAGAAGAAGGCCGGCGCUCGUCGCGCUCGGCCGGCGCCGGCCCGGCAGAAGGACAAGGGCGAGGCCGGCGGACCCGCGGCUCCCUUCGCCUCGCCCAUCUCCGCCGUCGACUGUCAAGGCGCCACGAAGAUCCUGUUCGCCCGGACGGACGGACUGACGGCUCGUCUGAUGGCGUCGCCGUCGGGCGGGGUCGCGAGGACUCGCGAGACCGAGGUGCAGGCGCAGCUCGGCUGGCCGCAGUUCAGCACCGGCCUGGCCAAGGGCCGAGACCGGCUGCGCGUCAACAUCGACUUCCGCCUGCUGCCGCCGUCCAGCGCGUCGGAGAGCUGCGAUGACGAAGAGCCGGCGCUCGGCCGACUCGUCAGUCCGGCGAGUCCGCGCACUCCGCGCAGCCUGCUCGGCUGCCCGGCGCCGCCGGGCUCGCCGGCCUCGCUCGUCUCGCCGUCGACGCCCGAGGCCACCUUCCGGCCGGACAAGGGCUUCCAGGCCCAGCUGGGCCCCGCCUAUCCGGACGGCCGCAACCUGUUCAUCUGGAGCCUGUCCGGCUUCACGGCCGUCUGCCAGCUCAGCCUGCACCCCUGGAGCGAGGCCUUCCAUCUGGGCAGUCCGGGCUAUUGUCUGCAGGCCAAGGUCGAGCUGACCACCGACCAUCUCGGCCUC